AAUUGGACCUCUCUCCCCUACCCUAAUAUUCCGCAAUCUCCUCUCUUAUUGCUCCAAUAAUUAUUUUCAUCCUCAAAUCCAACUUUCUUCGUACGGAAUCAGAAUUGAAUUUACUUCCCUAUUGUUUAGUGAAAGAAAUCUUGUUUUUUUUUUCAAGCAGUACAAUAAUCGGAUUCCUCUGCUUUUUUUUUUCUUUUUUUUUUUUUAUUGGCCCAUUUAAAAUGUGAAUCGAAGCAUAGUUUUUUUUCCCCUUCAUCUGGGUUCUUCGUAAAUAAUUCAAGUUUUUAUGAUAUGGGUUAUGCAUUUCUAACCUAAAAGUUCAAAUCUUUACUCAAAGAAUUGUUCUUUUUUUUUUUCAAUUUAAAUAGUGUCUGCUGGGUUCUUCGUCAAUAAUUCAAGGGUUUAUGAUAUGGGUUAUGCAUUUCUAACCUAAAAGUUCAAAUCUUUACUCAAAGAAUUGUUUUUUUUUUUUUAAAUAAAUGGUGUCUGCGGGGUUUUUCAUUAUAUGUACGGUCCAUUCUGUGGUGGCAUUAACUAGUGGUGCACUAAUGAUGUUCUACAGCGACGAGUUCUUCGUGUUCAGCCACGGCGAAACGCAAGCGACCAAGCUUUUGGGGUCGACUCAGCACGACCGCCUCUUGAUUCGGACAUCGCACUCGUUCUCGGGCUUGCUUCUGUUCGCUGUCGGGUUCUUCUUGUUCAUGGUGGCGUUUGUGAAGGACGUCGAUUUCCACGCCUUCUUCGCCAAGGGUUGCGUGCUCCUCCACGUGGCGAUGGCUGUUUGGAGGAUUUACUUCGAUAGCAAGAUUGAAGUUCUCGGCCACGCUUGGCUGAGAUUGGUUGUUGGCGAUAUCGCCUUGGGGGUUUCUUGGGUUUUAUUUCUCGUGUAUUCUUGGAGAGAGAAGUAUGAUUGAUAUUGAUAUUGAUAUGUAUUGGCGUUUUUGGCAAGUGUGGUUGUUGGAUUUUAACACUUGUUUUUUUUUUCGAAUUGGAUUUCGUGAUAUACUGAAAAAAAAAAAAAGUUCUUGAUUUGCAAAUUGGAUCGAUUUUUCGUUAGAUCAUGCUGUAAAUUUUGUUGGAGCAAUAAAAAUUUCCUUAUUGUGUUUUUAA